AUGGGCGAGCUAUCUCAACAAGAUCUUCGACAAAUCUGGACCUGGAAUGCGGAAGUGCCGGAAACCAUAGACGACUGUGUGCAUGAACUUUUUUCUCGAACCGCUCGAAGAUAUCCGCAAUCGACAGCAGUAUGCGCAUGGGAUGGAGAAUGGACAUAUUCUCAACUGGAUGACCUUUCGAACCGGGUGGCACAGCAUCUAGUGGCCUCUGUGCCAACUGGAAGCGCCGACAAUGCUGUAAUUCCGCUAUUCUUCGAGAAGUCGAAAUGGACGCCCGUUGCUAUGCUGGCGUGCUUCAAAGCCGGCGCCGCCGUAGUCACCCUGGAUGUCAACUUACCGGAGCAGCGUCUGAGAUCGAUCGUGCAGCAGGUGAAUCCACCCCUGGCGCUCGCAUCAAAGACGCAAACGAGGACUGCAACAUUGAUGAUGAGCCAUGGUCAUGAAGUGGUGGUAGUUGACGAAUCGUUCUUUGAUCGAAACCUGACGUAUCGAGCGGACGCUUUGAAGAUGCCCUCUGUGUCUCCUUCGCAGAAGCUAUAUGUCUGCUUUACCAGCGGAUCGACUGGACAUCCUAAAGGUGCUGUAGUACGGCAUUUCAACCUGUGCUCUGCAGCAGCACACCAACAUGCUGCACUUGGCUUUGCCACUUCUACACGGCUUUACGAAUACUCGUCGUAUGCUUUCGAUGUCUCGUACGACUCUUUGCAUGUCCUCAUAGCAGGCGGCUGCCUGUGUAUCCCUUCGGAAGAGGAUCGAGUUGCGGAUAUUACGGCAUCUAUCAUUAGGCUCCAGGCGAACUACCUUCGAAUCACGCCUACAGCGUCGAGGCUGUUGGACGCUUCCCGUCUUGGGGAAGUCCACACAGUGAGCUUCAUUGGGGAGCCUUUGAAAGCAUCAGACUUGGCCCAAUGGCAGGGCCAAAAGAACGUCUACAACACUUAUGGGCCAGUCGAGACGACUAUCACAAGCACUGCAUCUCUUGUCCAAGAUUUGAACGACCCUGAUAUUGGAACUGGGCUUGGACUUGUCACUUGGGUGGUGGACACUGAGAACGAUCAACUACAAUCAAUUGGCAAGGUUGGAGAACUGUUCCUCGAAGGCCCGUUAGUGGCCGGAGGCUAUCUGGGUGAUUAUGAGAAGACUGCGGCUGCGUUCAUCCAGGAUCCUGCGUGGCUAGUGAAUAGCCGAUCCAGCGUGCAUCCUGGACGUCGUAGCAAGGUCUACAGAACCGGUGAUCUCGUUCGUUACAUUGGAAAGACAGGCAAGCUCUCGUUCGUUGGCCGCAGAGACAACCAAGUGAAGAUAAACGGACAACGAGUUGAGCUUGGCGACAUUGAGAGCAAUAUUGCGCAACUUUUCAAGCUCUUCCAGCCCCAGGUUGUCACAGAGGUGACCAAGCCAGGCGACAGCCAAGAGAUGAGCCUCGUUGCUGUGAUUACCAGCCAGUCGGUUCCCUUCGACGAUUUGGCUGCCGCCGUGAAGGCGACGGACUUGCAAGAAGCCUUGGCCAACUCACUGCAGCAAUACAUGAUACCACGAGUAUUGCUGCCUCUUUCACGAAUACCAACGACCCCAACCGGUAAGACCGACCGACAGAAAAUUCGCGAACUAGCUGCACCCAUGCUUGAAGACAAGGUGUCGCAGACAUCGAUUUUUCAGCAACCCCAUACAGAUAUGGAAAGGGCGUUGCAGAGACUAUGGGCCAAGACGCUCGGUAUUGAUGCCUUCAGAAUUUCAAUUUUGCAUAGCUUCUUCGAGUUGGGCGGCGACUCCUUGAAGGCCAUCAGCUUGGCAGCGCUUGCACGUCAGAGUGGCCUCAACCUGACCGUUCCCAACAUCUUGAAACAGCCAAAGCUCUUCAAACAAGCACUCUUGAUCUCUCAAAUCUCUGGAAGUGAAGAGAUUGAAGGAGUUCAUCCUUUUGAUCUGCUACCAGCUGCUGAAAAGAACGAGUUGCGGCUGCUGGCUGCUGCUCAGUGUGGCGUACAACCACACGAAGUGGGCGACCUGUAUCCCUGCACGUCGAUGCAGACGGGACUGCUAGCCCUUUCAAUCAGGCGACCUGGUCAAUACAUGGCACAGGGCAGUUUGCGACUGAAAAUGAACGUCAACGCUGACCGCUUCAAGGCAUCGUGGGAGGCUUUGGUGGAAGAGAACCCUAUUCUACGGACCCGCAUUGUUGACCUUGCGGGCAAGUUCUACCAAGCAGUCAUCGAUGAGCCUGUCGAGUGGAUGCAAGAUGCUGAAAUGGUCGAUAGCGAAGCCAUGGGCAUUGGAAAGCCUCUGCUCCACGUUGCGUUACAACACAGUCACGAAGAUGCGUCGCCCAAAUUCGUAUUCACCAUGCAUCACUCGCUGUACGAUGGGUGGUCUAUGUCGCUUCUUCUAAAGCAGCUCUCAGAGGUUUACGAGCAAAGCAGCUCUGGCCACUUUGUACCUUUCCGAACAUUCAUCAAUCAUGUUGUUGGCACCGGCGAUGGCAAAGCGCGGGAGUACUGGGCGUCACAAUUCGAGGAGUCUGAAGCACCGCAAUGGCCACAACUGCCAUCAAAGAGUUACCAACCCACGUCAGAUAGCCACAUCCGUCACCUCGUGCAGGGCGUGGAUUGGCCAGUCGCAGACAUCACGCCGAAUGCCAUUCUCCGGUCAGCCUGGGCUUUGCUCGUAUCCGCGUACACUGGAUCCGAUGACACAAUUUUCGGAGCGGUCCUCCUUGGUCGACAAGCGCCUGUUCCUGGCAUCGAGGGCGUCAUGGGACCUACAAUAGCUACCUGCCCUAUCCGAGUACGGACGCCACCCUCCCAGUCUGUCACAUCGCUACUCUCUGCUGUGCAAGAACAGGCAGCAGAUAUGAUUCCCUUUGAACAGACAGGUCUCUCAGAGAUCCAGAAGAUAUCGCCGCAGUCUUGUCAUUUUCAGUCGCUGCUCAUCGUUCAGCCGUCAGAUGACAGCGACGCAUCGAGCCCAGCGAAUUCUAUAUUUGCUAAUGACCUCGGUAAUGCGGUAACAGAGGAUCUCGAUGCAUUCACGACGUACGCUUUGACGGUUCAAUGCACUCUCGGCUCGGCGAACUCAGACAUGAUACUAGAUGUGUCCUCUGAUACCGCGAUCGUCAGUGAGGCUAGGGCGCAAAGGGUUCUCAGCACUUUUGAGCAGAUACUGAGGCAAGUGUGUGCCUUGAGCGGUUCAGACCUUUCUACGGCUCAGAUCAAGCGGAUCGGUCAACAGGACGAGACAGACGUGUAUGCCUUGAACAAGCACAUACCUUCUGCUGCCCAUGAAGACAUCGUGGACAUCAUUGCACGAAACAUGACAGAGAAACCCAGUGCUCCUGCAGUGUGUGCUUGGGACGGCGACCUGACCUAUGGAGAGCUAGACGAGCUCUCAUCUGCCUUGGCGAACACUCUGCAGUUCGAAAAUGUUACGAAGACGCAAACAGUCCCCUUGUUCUUCGAGAAAAGCAAAUGGAUGACGGUGGCACAACUAGCCGUGGCCAGAAGGGGAGCCGCAUGUUUGAAUUUGGAUCCUGAUUUGCCCCUCGAAAGGCUUCGCUACAUGGUCAGCCAAGUCAACGCACCCGUGAUGAUUGCAUCGAGAUCGCUGUCAGACAAUGCUGGAAAGCUCGGCGAUGCACCUGUGAUCAUCGUGAGCAUGGACGAGCUUGCCAAUAUGACGAACGCCAGCAAGUCGUUCGAGCCGGUAGUUGUGGAUGCUGCGGUAUACAUCCAGUAUACUUCUGGGACCACUUCAGCACCUAAAGGGACUGUGGUUACUCGCGGUAAUCUUUCCAGCGCUUUCUCAGCGCAACGAGACGCCUUCGCUUUGGAUGCUUCGUCCCGAGUCUAUGAUCACAGCUCCUAUGUCUUCGAUAACCACUGGUUGAACAUGUGGUAUGCGCUCGCGAGUGGUGGAUGCCUAUGUGUGCCUGCGGGUCAAGAUCGAAUGGACGACGUAUCGGGUAGCAUUCGCCGCUUGCGAGCAAAUUGGGCACUUUUGAUACCCAAUGUAGCACGUUUCAUCGAUGAAGAGACUCUUCGUUCAAUGCACCGGUUGUAUCUUGGGGCUGAGUCCGCUUCCCUAGAUCAGAUGGAACGCUUCAGCAAGUACGUCAAUACGUCUAUAGCUUAUGGACCGUCAGAGGCCACCAUCGUGGCGACUGUCUCUCAGAGCUACUCCCCGGGAACGAGCCCCAAGAACAUCGGUCGAGGUGUCGGUGUAACCACUUGGAUAGUUGACCGAGAAGGUCAGCACUUGAGUCCAAUCGGGGCCGUCGGUGAGCUGUGGCUUCAAGGCCCUCAGGUGGCGACAGGUUAUCUGAACAAUCCCGAGAAGACAGCCCAAGCUUUUUUCUCGAGAGCACCUUGGCUUGACGAACUUCCAGAUACGUACCAGAACCGUGGUCGACUGUACUCCACUGGAGAUUUGGUCUAUUACAACGACGAUGGCGACAUCAUUUUCAUGGGCCGCAAGGAUACCCAAGUCAAAGUCCGAGGACAGCGGGUCGAGCUAGAUGAAGUCGAACAUCAUCUGCGUGCCUCUUUGCCAUCUGAGAACAGCAACGAGGUUGAGGUAGUUGCCGAAGUAUUCAAACCCCGAUACAGCGAUUCGGCCAUCUUGGCGGCCUUCAUUGGUCUUCCCGAUGAGAUCAGAGAGCCCGUGUGGCAAAAGCUUGCCUCAAUUGAUGGCGUAUUGGCAGAAGUUGCGCCCAAGGCAAUGAUACCAUCAGCUUUCAUGGGACUCCAGCAGAUACCCGUUACUGCAACUGGGAAGACUGAUCGACGCAAGUUGCGUGAAAUUGGCGCAUCUAUGAGCAUCGAAGAGCUGAGUGCCAUGCAUCCCGCGCGUUCCAAGAAGAAGAGGCUUCCUUCAACGGAGAUGGAGACCACACUGCAGCUUCUGCUCUCGGAAGUUCUCGGCAUCGAUGGCAGCCAGAUCGGUGCUGAUGACAACGUCUUCACGACUGGUAUGGAUUCGAUCGUUGCAAUGCGCUUGGUUGGGGUUGCUCGUGAGCGUGGACUGGCCUUGAGUGUGAGCGACAUCUUCACGACCCCUAAGCUUUGCGAUCUUGCCUUGAAGGUCCACCGCUCCCAUGGCCCAAAUGCGCAGGAAGACUUCGCUGCCUUUGCACUGCUGCCUCGUAGUCUUGACACCAGCUCAAUCCGUCAAAGAGUAGCUACUGCAUGUGACGUCGACCUUGUGGCGGUGGAAGAUGUAUAUCCUGCAUCAGCCCUCCAGGAAGGACUCGUGGCGAUGACCGGGAAGCAUGAUGGCGACUAUGCCCUUCGGUCAGUCUUGGAACUCCAUGACGAGAUCGACAUUGACCGCUUCCGAGCAGCUUGGGAUCAGAUACAGAAACGGCUGCCCAUUCUGCGAACACGAAUCGUUGGCCUUGACAUCCCCGAACUCCCGCUGGUGCAGAGUGUCAUUGAUGAACCGAUAGCUUGGUCUCAGUAUAGCAGCUUGAACGAGUGCUUGGAGCUGGAACAAUCUAUGGGAUUGAACAAGUCACUUUCUAGAUUUGCCUUUGUGUUCGACCCAGAAAGUGGCCGCCGGCUAUUUGUGCUUUCUCUCCACCAUGCCUUAUACGACGGGUGGUCGACACAAUUGCUGCAUGAAGAGGUCACACGUGCAUACAAGGGCGAGCAACCACAGUCUUUGGUACCUUUCACUCGGUUCAUCGGCUACACCAACGAGAUGCAAGGACAGUCGGAGUUCUGGAAAAGGCAUCUACAAGGUUCUGAGGCUAUGGCAUUUCCUUCAUUGCCCUCGAUUUCCUACCAGCCACGCGCCGACGACAGAGUCGAAUAUGAGCUCGCCGUCGAUUGGUCACGAAUCCCCGUAACCCCAUCCAACGCCAUUCGUGCUGCGUGGGCGAUUCUCCUAAGCUGCUACUGCGAUUCUGACGAUAUCACCUUUGGGUCAACGAUCUCUGGUAGACAAGCUCCCUUGCAUGGCAUUGACAAGAUUCCAGCCCCAACUUUGGCGACGAUCCCAGUGCGAGUUGCACUCAACAAAGACAUGGCCGUUGACCAGCUCCUCAAGAGCGUGCAGGACGACGCCGUGGCAACGAUCCCAUACGAACAAUUCGGAAUCCAGAACAUUACGAAGCUUAGCGACGAUGCCGAAUGUGCCUGCAAGUUUCAGACUAUCGUAGUGAUCCAGCCAAAGGUUGCCGCCGGGUCGAUCUUUAGGAGCUUGUCAGACUUUUUUGGAAAGCAAGUCGAGGUCGCAGAUGCAGGUACCUUUAGCACGUACGCUGUCAUGGUCGAGUGCCAGCUGAAGGAUGACGGGAUGCACCUACGCUUACUGUUCGACUCGCAUGUGAUCACUUCAAAACAAGCAUCACGCCUGGCUCUCCAGCUUCAACGGACCUUGUCGCAAUUGUGUUCUGCUGCAAAUUCUGGGACUCAGGUUGGCGACAUUGACCCCAUGACCGACGAGGAGCAUUCUCUGAUCUGGAGCUGGAAUGGGGCAUUACCAGAGACUGUCGAUGGCUUGAUGCACGAGGUCAUUGCUGGUGUCUGUCGUACCAACCCUCAUGCGCAGGCAAUUGCAGCAUGGGAUGGAAACCUCACUUACGAAGAACUGAAUGCGUUGGCGACAGGACUGGCGCAUCAUCUCGUGCAACAAGGCGUUCGACCUGGAGCUACCGUACCCCUAUGCUUCGAGAAGUCUUUGCUCAUGCCAGUGGCAGCUCUCUCAGUGUGGAAAGCUGGCGCGGCCUGCGUGGCACUCGAUGUCUCACAACCUUCUGCUCGAUUGCAGAUUAUAAUUGAUCAAGUCAAUGCCCCGCUGAUCUUGUGUUCAACAGAGCAGAAGGAGGUCGCGACGCAGUUGGGUCGCUCUGCUCCUGUUGUGGUCGACCGAGCUUCAUUGAAUCGUUUUGGUGAUUCUGCUAAUGUGCUACAGCUUCCCUCUGUUUCAUCCUCGAGCCCUCUUUACCUAGCGUUCACCUCCGGCUCGACUGGGCUACCGAAAGGUGCCAUUCUCUCCCACGCGAACGCUGUCAUUAGCUGCAAAUAUCAGUUGCAGGUCCUUGGCUUCCACCCGAACGCCAGAGUAUACGACUUUGCUUCCUACGCCUUUGAUGUGGCAUGGGGCAAUCUCUUCAGGACUCUUGCUUCCGGGGCUUGUCUCUGCAUACCAUCAGAAGCCGAUCGAAAGAGCAAAAUAGUCGGAUCCGUACGCGCACUCAAAGCGAAUCAAGCCUCAUUCACGCCGACGAUGGCGAGGCUCUUUGAUCCUUCCGAUCUGCCGACUCUCGAACUUUUGAGGUUUGGCGGGGAAAAACUAGAGGAGGCAGACCUUGUUCGCUGGCGUGGCAAGGUCAAAACCAUGAACGUAUACGGCCCAGCUGAGUGUACUCCGAUCAGUACCAUUGCUCACACGGAUGGUCCAAAUGCCCUCGAAGGCGGAAUUGGCAAAGGAUUCGGUGUCUGCACAUGGCUAGUAGACCCCAAGGAUAGCUCGAGGCUCGUUCCAAUCGGCGGCUUGGGCGAGCUGUGGUUAGAGGGACCUCUCGUGGGACUUGGAUACACGGACCCUGAACAAACAGCGAAGGCUUUCUUCGAUGGGGCUCCUUGGCAACGGAUGGGCGGAUCUGCUCAGAAACGCGCUAAUGGAAGGUUUUACAGGACGGGAGACAUCUGCAAAUACAACGAGGAUGGCAGUCUUCUCUUCAUCGGACGAAAAGACUCGCAGGUCAAGAUCCGGGGCCAACGUGUCGAGUUGGGUGAUGUGGAGCAUUUGAUCAGACGUCACAUCCCGACAAGCAACGAAAUGCAGGUGGCAGCCGAAGUGGUCAUGCCGAAAGGCAGCAAUGCUCCAUGCUUAAUCGCCUUUCUUGCAAGUACGUCGCAAGACCAAUCUGCUGGACCAGAAGUCCGCCUCAUCAAGGAUCUGAUAUGCCACAUCGAUACCGAGCUCGCACAGGUCGCGCCUACAGCCAUGCUUCCCACAGCAUAUCUAGAACUUCCAACCAUUCCUACGAAUGCAAGUGGAAAGACAGAUCGUCGUCAGCUGCGGAAUAUCGGCAGCUCGAUGACUUUGGAAGAGCUGGCAGCCCAGCAUCCCUCCCGCACAGAGCGGCAACCGCCUCAGACGGAGCGAGAGUUGCAGGUACGACACCUAUACGCCUAUGUGCUGGGCAUAGACCCCACUACGAUUGGACGAGACGAUAGCUUCAUGAGGAUAGGCGGCGACUCGAUUGCUGCAAUGCGCCUUAGCGCUGCAGCAAAGGCAAGCACGCCAUCGCUCAGGAUUUCAGUUGCGGAUAUACUCAGCUAUCCGCGGGUGAAGAGCCUUGCCGAAAUGGCGCAAGAGAUACAGGAAGAGACAGAGCUGGAAGUGGUACAACCCUUCUCGCUUCUACCCGCGGCUGUCGAUAUCGCAUUAGUCUGCCGAGAAGCUGCAGCCUUGUGUCCUGGACUUGGUCCCGAACAGAUCAAGAAUGCCUACCCGGUCACAUCACUACAAGCCGGCCUCAUGGCGCUGACGUCUAAGCGUCCUGGUGACUACGUCGCUCACUUUCGAUUCGAGCUGUAUCAAGACGUCGAUGAAAGCCGCUUUCGACGAGCAUGGAACGCCGUUGCUCAAGCUGACAUCCUACGCACUCGCAUUGUCGAUAUACCCUCAUGUGGCGGCUUGACUCAAGUCGUGACUGACCAAAACGUCGACUGGCUCCAAGCCGAGAGUCUUGAUGAUCUUGACGGGUUGUUGUUAAAGGACGCAAUGAGACUUGGCAAGCCUCUGGUGAGGGUUGCCCUGACAUCUCACGGCGACAAAAACUUCUUUUCUCUAAGCAUGCACCAUGCGAUCUACGACGGUUUGUCGCUGCAAUUGCUUCUCCAAGCUGUCGAGAAGGAGUACUUGAGCUUGCCAUCUCAGUUGCGACCAAUCAGUCUCUUCAUCAAUCAUAUCCAAGAUGCAAGCUCGACAGAGGCAGACCAAUACUGGCGCACGCAGUUCGAGGGAGCAGAGGCUGUGCAAUUCCCGGACAUCUCCUCCGCUGGACCGAACUAUGUGCCACAGUCUGAUCAGCGCAGAACGACCGCCGUGGACAACUUGACCUGGCCGAAGGCGAGCAAUUUUACCACGGCCAGCCUAGUCCGUGCUGCGUGGGCAAUUCUCGUCUCUCAUUACACCGCCGUUGAUGAGAGUGUCUUCGGUGCCGUUCUGUCCGGCAGGCAGACAGCUGUUUCGGGCAUUGAAGAUGUACUUGGGCCCACCCUUGCUACUUGCCCUAUUAGAGUGAUAACGCGCACCAACAGCACCGAGUCACUGGGAGAAUUGAUCACUCGUGUCCAUCGCCAAGCUGUCGACAUGACGCCCUUCGAACAGACGGGUCUUCAUCGUAUCAGGAGAGUCAGCCCUUGUGCUCAACAGUGCUGCAACUUCCAGUCCCUGUUGGUUGUCCAAGCUGCCAGCACAACCUCGCAGAGCCAAAUUUUCGCCAGUGUCCCUUCGGGUGUAGAAGAUGGUCCGGACACCUUCUCAACCUACGCCAUCCUGCUCGACUGUCGAAUCACAGCUGAUGGCUUGAAAGCCCAGGCGAGCUUCGACUCCAAGUUGGUUCCUGCAGCCAACAUGGAACGUCUUCUGGCCUCGUUUGAGACCAUCGUUCGACAACUAUGCUCUGUCGACCUUAGUAAGGCAUCUAUACGUGAUAUUGAGGUCGCAAGUAGCCAAGAUCUUGAAAAGAUCCGGCUCUGGAAUGCAGUGUUACCUGAAGCGACUGAAGAGUGUAUUCAUGAUCUGAUCGCCAAGCGAGUUCGUGAGCAACCUGAGCAUCAAGCUGUUUCCGCUCACGAUGGCGACUUGACAUAUUCUGCUCUGGACAAGCUUUCAACUCGGUUGGCUUGCCACGUCCUGGCGGAGAUAAAUCGACACGGGCAGUCCUCCAAGAGUCCAAGAAUCGUCCCCAUAUUCUCUGACAAAAGCAAGUGGGUGUCUGUCUGCAUGCUGGCGACUGCGAAGGCUGGCCUCGCUUUCGUCACGCUCGACGUUAAACAGCCGCUUGGACGAUUGGCUUCUAUUAUCCGACAAGCUGAAGCGACCUUGGUACUGAGCUCUGCUUCCUGCCUGUCACUUGCUCGAUCAUUGUCGGACAAUGCUUUUGAAGUCAGCCAUGAGGUCCUCAGCUCGACGCCAAGUGACAUCGGGAAGAGCUUACCGUCAGUCUCUCCGGGUGAUUUGCUCUAUGUUGUGUACACCAGCGGGAGUACGGGCUCUCCAAAGGGCGCUCAGAUCUCACAUGCAAACUUUGCAAGCGCUGUCAAAUACCAGCAAGAGGCUCUCAGAUUCAACAACGCCUCGCGUGUCUACCAGUGGGCAUCCUAUGCCUUUGAUGUUUCCAUAUCAGACUGUCUGCACACGCUGACAGCCGGCGGAACCCUUUGCAUACCUUCGGAAGAUGAUCGUUUAUACAACAUCGCCGGCUCUGUCAAGGAACUUUCUGCCAACUACCUGCACAUGACCCCCACGACUUCAAGACUCGUAGAAGACAUACCUGAACUGAAGACGAUUCAAUUCAGCGGCGAGGCUUUGAGGCAAAGUGAUGUGGCAAAAUGGAGCAACGGAUCCAGAUCUAUCAUCAACUCUUUCGGCCCUGCCGAAUGCUCCGUGACUGCAACCGUCGCAGAUCUUACAAAUGCGGAUAAUGCCCAUCAACACAGUGAUCCAAGCAUUGGUAGGCCUGUGGGAGGUGUUGCUUGGGUUGUCAACACCUCUACCGAGCGACUAUCUGCGAUUGGAGCCGUCGGAGAGCUAUUCCUUGAAGGUCCGCUUGUUGGCCAGGGUUACCUCCACGAUCCUGAUAAGACUAUGGCAGCUUUCAUUAAGAACCCGCCCUGGCUACUUGAAGCUGGCCGCCAAGGACUGGUCUACCGAACCGGUGACCUGGUCUCAUUGAAACCAGGUGGCAGCUUGUCCUUCGUUGGCCGCCGAGAUGCCCAGGUCAAGAUUCGUGGGCAAAGACUUGAGCUUGGUGAAGUCGAGUACCAUGUGCGUAACAAUUUGAACACAUCGUCGCUCGAGAACGUUCAAGUGGUUGCCGAUGUGGUUGAUCGAGCAGGAAGUCAACAACUGGUGGCAUUCAUCAGCUUGACCCAGAGCUUGUCAUCUCCUGUAACCGCUCAAGAACUGGAGCAGCUCGGAAGCAGAUUGACGACAGGUAUCGAAGAGAAGCUCGCGAAAGACGUUCCAUUGUACAUGGUGCCGGCAUUCUAUAUUCCGCUUACGGCGAUCCCACUUACAGCCACCGGCAAGACCGACAGACGACGACUUCGCGAGAUUGGUGUGGCUUUCACACUUCAAGAUGUUGCAACGACAAAGCCCAGUGCUGCAAGACCACCGACGACUGAAGUUGAGAAGCAACUGGCGAUCAUCUGGUCGCAAGUGUUAAACGUACCGCUGGCAUCAAUCUACCCGGAUGAUCUCUUCAUUCGCUUGGGUGGCGACUCAAUAUCGGCGAUGCAAAUAGUGUCUCGUGCAAGGCAGCGCGGAAUCAGCAUGACCGUGACGGACGUGCUUCAGGCACAGACGAUCGGAAAGCUGGCCUCCAGGAGCAAAGUCGCCGAGAAGAAGCCACAGGUGAGUAAGCAGGUUGAAGGAGAUAAUACUGACUGCUUUCCUUUGUCACCAAUACAGCGUCUUUUCUUCCAGAACAAUCCCGAUGGUGCCAACCAGUUCAAUCAAAGCUUCUUGCUCAGAAUCAAUCGACCUGUCGUGUCGAGUACCUUCGCAAGAGCCAUCGAUGUGCUCGUCGCCCGGCAUGCGAUGCUCAGAGCCCGAUUUCGAAAGGACGACCAAGGACAUUGGCAGCAAUACGUCGAUCUACCUGGUUACAGCAUGUCGCUGUACGCUUUCGAGGAGCAUCACGUGAACGACAUGCGUGACGUGCAGCCCAUCUGCCAGCGUCGUCAGGAGACACUUGACAUUCAGCAAGGCCCAGUGUUUGCUGUCGACUUCUUCAAUGUGCCCAAUGGAGCACAAGCAGUGCUGUUCACUGCCCACCAUCUUGUAAUCGACCUUGUCUCUUGGCGUGUCGUCUGGCAUGACCUCGAGCAGCUUUUGACGAAAGGAGGUCUGGACCAGGCCAGACCAAUAUCUUUUGCUGCUUGGGUCAAAGCUCAGAUUCAUGAUUCAGAUGAGCAGCCAGAAAAUGGCCUGCCUGACGUCGAUGGCAGCUCUGCGUCUGGGUUCUGGGAGGUAAGUCCCAAAGACAAUACACGCCGAAACUCCGAGACCUUUGAUUUCAGGUUAGACACCGAUGUCACUUCCAGAUUGUUGCAGGAUAUCAGUCGCAACAUACGCGCAGAGCCAAUGGACAUCAUAUUGGGUAUCUUGAUACACACCUUUCAAUGGCGAUUCCAGGAUCGUGGUUCGCCGGCACUAUGUGUCGAGGGUCAUGGUCGAGAACCGCUUUCGAUAGGCGACAAAGACAUGUCGACCACCGUCGGAUGGUUCACCACGAUUUAUCCUAUACGCAUAAUUUCCACGGCUGGCGAAGAGAUACUACACACUGUACACUGUAUCAAAGAUGCCCGAAAACGGAUGACAGGGAGAGGUCGAGCGUACUUUGCCUCCCGCUUCUACAAUCCUGGGGGCGACAAUCACCUUCAAGACGAGGACCCUGCGGAGUUUCUCUUCAACUUCACGGGAGCACUCCAACAACUUGAAAGCCAGCAACCCUUCUUCAGUCAAGAAGACCGGCCAGAGAUGCUCGGCAGUAGAGCGCAGGUGCACGCAGAUGUACGGCGAUUUGCCUAUAUCGAAGUCAAUUGUGGUGUAGAGAAAGGCGAGCUUGAGCUCUCCUUCAUCAUCAACAAGUCAAUGAAGCAUCAAGAUCGUCUGCUCGAGUGGAUGACGGCGUCUGUUGAUGCGUUCAAAAAUGGCAUUCCAUUUGUCUCCAACAGCCACAGUCCAUUCUCUUUGAGCGACUUUCCCAUGCUUUCGACCACCUACCAUGGCCUUGAUCUAAUCUCGCGCUCUCUGCUCGAAUCCGGGAUAUCUCCAAACGACGUCCACGACAUAUACCCCACAUCACCGUUGCAGGAAGGCAUUCUUUUGAGCAUCGAGAAGAAUACGGCAAGCUACACAAACCAGCUCAUGUGGAGAUGCACUCCCACUUGGCCACAUGACAAAAUCGAUGUCGAGCAGCUGUCGAAAGCAUGGCAGGCUGUGGUCCGGAGUCACUCCAUCCUUCGAACAGUGUUCAUUACCCAUCCUGAGACCGGCCGCUUCCUGCAGGUUGUGCUAGAUGGCUUCGAAGCCAGCAUUCGCAAUGUUGAUGGCGAUGAGAGAGCUCCCGAGAACACCCUACAGGCUCUUGAGACUAUCGCCUUUCCGGAUGGUCGACCCCUGCAUGGGUUCACAGCAUGUAAAAAUACUCGUGGCGAAGUGGCCUGCAGGUUAGACAUCAGCCAUGCGCUCAUCGACGCUGUCUCGAUUGCGCUUAUCAAGGGCGAUCUGCUGGCGGCUUACAAUGCCCAAACUCUACAGCCUGCACCAUCAUUCUCCAGCUUCAUCGGACACCUUCAAAGGUCAGAAGGGAAGCUUCUUACUCAUUGGAAACAGCGGUUAGCAGACACGCCUGUUUGCGAGUUUCCACGCACCGCAAAUGCGGUUGUGGAGUCUGGUGUACUGCACGCUUCGAUGCCAGUAUCCAGUCCGCGGACUUCAGAGGUCCAUGCGUUCUGCAUGAAGGCGCAGAUGACAAGAUCAGUCUUUGCUCAAGUCGCCUGGGCCUUUGUAUUGGCCCAUUUCACCGGCAUGGAUCGGAUUUGCUUUGGAAACCUUGCCUCCGGCCGUGACACUCCUAUCGAUGGUAUCGACAAGCUUAUGGGCCCUACCAUCAGCGUGCUUGUUGCGGAGAUCGACCUCACUUCACCACUGAUCCAAGUUCUUGAGCAGACCCAGAAGAGAUCUAUCGAGGACCUCGCUUAUCAGCACUGUUCGCUUGCUGAAAUGAUAAACGGGGCUCAGACUGGUGUUGGCAGGCUAUUCAAUACUAGUAUCACCGUCCGCAAGGAGACGGAGGUCAGUCCAAAUGGAGCCUCUGGACUGACUCUCGACACUAUCAACUGGGAAGAUCCUCAAGAAUACGACCUUGUCCUUGGUGUCGGGCUCGCGGAGUCUUCCACUGAUUUCUCGAUCUCAUAUCGAAGAGACGCCGUCAGCGACGAGGCCGCCCAUUUGGUGAUCAAGAAACUGAAUUCAGCAAUUGAUAUGAUCCUAGACUCAUCAGCAGACUCCACCAUGACGGCACAACAACUAGCCGAUGUUCAUCUUCUCGACCAACACGAUCUGUCGCAUAUAUGGAAAAGAAAUUGGAAAGUCCCCGAACCAAUCUUGAACCAUUGCGUGCACGGUCUUAUCGAGCAGACUUCACAGAAGCAGCCAGAUACUAUCGCCAUCGACGCUCACGAUGGCCGACUUCUGUACGGAGAGCUGGACCACCUCUCGAGCAGAUUAGCCUUUUACAUGUCAUCUCAAGGUGCACGGCGAGGCAUGGUCGUGCCUGCUUUGUUCGAGAAGUCGAUGUGGUUCCCUCUGGCACUUCUUGCAACGUGGAAGACCGGAGCUGCCACUCUUGCGUUGGAUCCGAGUCUUCCUCUCGAACGUCUCAGAUCGAUCACCCAGCAGGUGAAGCCGCCCUUUUUGCUCUGCUCACCUAGCACAAAUGCUUUGGCCAAGGAUCUCACGCCGAAAGGGGCGAUCUUGCGCGUUGAUCAGCAGUUUUUGAACAGCCUUCCAGUCCAGCAGGCUGAGCAAUCGACUACAUUGCCCUCUGACUUGCUCUACCUCAACUUCACCUCAGGGACGACCGGGCGGCCCAAAGGAGCACAGGUUACGCAUUCAAACUUUUGCUCUGCAAUAGAAUUUCAGCAAGAAGCUCUACGGUUCAGGUCAACCUCUCGGGUUUAUCAUUGGGUGUCGUGCGGGUUUGAUGUCGUAUACUCCGACGUGAUCCACACGCUCACCGCGGGCGGCACGCUCUGCAUCCCUAGCGAUUACGAGCGGAUGAACGACAUCGCAGCAUCUAUGCGAGUUUUGAAGGUGAAUUAUGCUCAUCUCACGCCGACAGUCUCACGACUGCUGCAACCGGAUGAUGUUCCAACACUUGAGACUCUCCAGUUUAGUGGCGAGCCGCUCACUAGCGACGAUGUGGCACGAUGGAGAUCAAAGAGCGUUCUCCUCAACACAUACGGACCAGCUGAAGCCUCUGUCACGAGCACUAUUGCAAGCGUUGGCCUGGCUCAAGGUGACCAGGAACCUUCUAUUGGACACCCUUACGGCGGUUUGGCUUGGGUCGUCCAUCCUUCUUCCAUCAAUCGUUUGGUGGGACUUGGAGAAAUCGGCGAGCUUCUCUUGGAAGGACCACUUGUGGGCGCUGGAUAUUAUGGAGACGAGGUUCAGACUUCUGCUGCCUUCGCUGAAAAUCCCGAAUGGCUCUCUCGAGGUGCCCCUGGCUUUGAAGGACGACAGGGCAAAGUCUACUGUACCGGCGAUCUCGUAUGCCAGCAGCCAGACGGCUCUCUGAAAUACGUUGGCAGGAAGGACAACCAAAUCAAAAUACACGGCCAACGCGUGGAGCUUGGCGAGAUUGAGCACCACAUUCAUGAUGAACUCGAAUCGACACAUGGCCAGCACACCAGAGUUGCAGUAGAAGCAAUCGCUACCGCCAAAGCUGCUGAGCCCGCCUUGGUUGCUUUCUUGAGCAUAGAAAGGCAUAUCGAAGACCUUCCAGCUCACAUUGCCAACAUCACCGGCGACUUGACCGAUCGUCUAUCUGCCAGGCUACCUCACUACUUCAUUCCAUCUCAAUACGUUGGCAUGGAACAAGUGCCGCAAACAGCCAAUGGAAAGCUCGAUCGUCGUCGCCUCCGAGAGAUUGGCGCCAGUGCCUUGACACAGCGUGCGGAUCACUCAGGCCCAGGCUCCUCAAUCCGAGGAGGUCCUGCAGAAGAGCGUAUGCGCCAGCUGUGGGUGCAGGUGCUAGGGCUUAAUGAUCCCCUUGGCAUCCAACUUAACGACAGCUUCUUGAAUGUUGGUGGGAACUCACUGGGCGCCAUGAGGCUGGUUGCCGCCGCACGAGACGCUGGGUUGAAGCUCACCGUGGCUGAGAUCUUCAGGCAUCCAAGACUGAGCGAUAUGGCGAUCCGAGCUCGCGUGUUGCAGCAUGCCAACAAUAUCAUUGAGCCAUUCUCGCUCUUGUCUUCGGAGAUGGGCGGCAAGAACAGGCUGUCCACCGUCGAGAUCCAGCAAUACGUCGCCCAAAGCUGCCAUCUGGACGAGUCUUGCCGGGUGGAGGACGUCUUUCCCUGCACGCCUCUGCAGCAAGGCUUACUUGCGUUGACAGCCAAAAGACCUGGAGACUACGUGGCUCACAUGACCUUCGACUUGCGGGCCGAAGUGGACAUUCUACGGUUGCAGCAGUCCUGGGAAAAGACCUGCCUCCAUUUUCAGAUCUUGAGGACUGUCAUGUUGAGCUUGCCGGAUUUUGAAAUGGUACAAGCGGUUCUCAAUGCCUCGAUUGAGUGGCAAACGUACGAUAGCCUCGUCUCUUACCUGGAUCGGUUCCAGACCCAGCCAAUGGGACUAGGGACUUCCCUUACUCGUGUGGCAUUGAUCCACGGAGAGCAGACGAGCACGAAAUUCAUCCUCACGAUGCAUCAUUCCAUCUAUGAUGGAUGGACGAUCCCUUUGCUCAUAUCGUCGCUCGAGCGCUCGUACCAAGGGCUCACUCUCCAACAUACUCCGCCUUUCCAGGCAUUUGUCAAACACAUCCAAGAGACCGACCAGCAUGCGGCAAAGGAGUACUGGCGAACACAAUUUCAUGGGCUGGAGGCAAGCCCGUUCCCUUCCCUACCUACUCCAACUUACGUUCCAAGAUCUGACGAAAGACUUCAUGCAACGUUCACAAAUAUCUCGCUUCCUACUGGCUUCACUGCUUCGACGGCCGUCCAAGCUGCCCUAGGCGCACUGAUCGCCCAUCAUACGAACACUAACGAAGCACUUUUUGGACUAGUCUCCUCUGGAAGACAAGCCGAUGUCCAUCACAUCGAUCAAAUGGCUGGCCCAACAAUAUCGACCGUGCCUAUCCGAAUGGCUGUGGAGUUUCAGGGUACCAUACAUGACAUGUUGGCUCAAGUCCAAAGCCGUUCUACUGGAAUAACUGCUUUUGAACAAUCUGGCCUCCAGAACAUCCGAGCAGUCAGUGAGUCUGCAGCGCGAGCAUGCCAAUUCCAGACCUUGCUUGUUGUGCAGCCGGAGCAGCCUGUGGGCAAUGUCGACAGUCCAAUAUUCGAGCAGCACAGUAGAAACCUGCUGAAGGGCGAGGCUGAUGCAUUCUCUACGUACGCUGUGCUUCUUCAUUGCGAACCCGCCGCACGUGGAGAAGUGAACAUACAAGUCAGCUUCGACUCCCAUGUUGUAUCUCGAGGAUACGUACAACGCCUGCUCUGGCAACUGGAGACGGUUUUGAGACAGAUCGGCACAGUUGAUCCCGCAACCAAGCUGCAAGACAUUCGGUUCUUAAGCGGGCAGGACUUGGUUGACAUCCGAAGAUGGACUGAGGUAGUCCCUUCGCCGGCUACUGAUGCCACUGUCGACGAGCUGUUCCAGAUCGCAGCCAAACGCUUCGCCGACAAACCGGCCAUAUGUGCCCACGAUGGAAACUUCACGUACCGGGAACUAGACCAUCUUUCCACAUGUCUAGCUCAUUACCUUGUCACAAUAGGGGUGGGACCAGAAGUUACAGUCCCACUGGUUUUCGAGAAAAGUGCCUACACUGCAGUGGCUGCCCUGGCCGUCAUGAAGGCUGGCGGCGCUUCUGUGCUGCUGGAUCCUGGCCUCCCAGUAGAACGAUUGAGAUCCGUUGUUCGACAAGUUCAGCCUCUCAAAGUCAUGCUCUCGUCGGUUUCCAAGCAAAAGACGGCAAAGUUUCUCGACAAAUCAGAGAUCAUGGUCAUCAACCGUCUCAGCCUACAAAAGCUUAAGCACGACGAGUUUCAGGGCAAAGAAUUGCCAGUAUUGAGCGCUGAUGAUUUGCUCUAUGUCGUGUUCACGAGUGGCACAACGGGGCUACCUAAAGGUGCGAUGAUCACCCAUUCGAACUUUUCAUCAGCUAUUCGCCAUCAGCAGAAAGCGCUCGGAUUCCACCACGGCGCUAGAGUCUAUGACUUUGUGUCAUAUUCAUUUGACGUUGCCUGGAGCAACCUACUUCACACCUUGACCUCUGGCGGCUGCCUUUGUGUGCCUAGUGAAGACGAGAGGAUGUCAGACAUUGCUGGCUCGAUGCAUCGACUGAAUGCCAACUAUGCCCAUCUCACACCAACCGUCGCCAGACUGAUCGAUCCAGCACAGUUGAGUGCCUUGAAGACGUUACAAUUCAGUGGAGAACGUCUGACUGCGAGCGAUGUGGCUCGAUGGGAUGUCGACAUGAUCAACACUUAUGGACCCGCAGAGGCCAGCGUCACCAGCACCAUUGCUGUGAUUCAUUCUCAGAACCGGCACAAGGCUUCUGGACUCACAAAUGGGCAUUCCCUGACAAACGGUUCUGCUGACGAGAUAGAAGAAGCUAGAAGCUCUAUCGACAAAGACCCCAGCAUUGGAAAGCCCUUCGGCGGUGUUGCCUGGAUAGUCUGUCCCAACAAUCCACAGCGUCUCUCAGCCAUUGGUGCUGUUGGUGAGUUGUGGGUAGAAGGUCCAUUGGUAGGGAAAGGGUACCUCAACGACAUGGCAAAGACCGCCACAGCCUUCGUGGAUGACCUACCUUGGCUCAAAGAUAUCGACAUCGACCACACCCAGCGACAACGAGCGUAUCGGACGGGAGACCUCGUGCAACUCAAUUCAGAUGGUACACUCUCGUUUACUGAGCGCAAAGACGCUUCUCAGGUCAAGAUCCGCGGCCAGAGAAUCGAACUCGCGGACAUCGAGACCAACAUUCGGAAUAAUCUGCCAAUGGACAGCGCAAUACAAAUCUGUGUGGAAGUGGUCAAGCUUCAAGGCAGCACUGAGGCUACUUUGCUGUGCUUCCUUAGCUCUGAAAACGUUGCCCAUGAAUCCCUCAAAGGCGAAACAGCAGAAAUCGUGGCUGUCCUUGAUGAGAGACUGAGACAGCUGCUACCGGCAUACAUGUGUCCGUCGGGGUGGAUCCCUCUCACUUCAAUUCCAGUCACAGGGACAGGAAAAACAGAUCAUCGUUCGUUGCAGACGCUGGGUGCGUCCUUCACCCUCAAAGCUGUGCAGGAACGUUACCAAGUGCAAGCCAAACGCCGGCAGCCCAAUACAACCGAAGAGUGUCUGAUGCAAGCUCUUUUCGCCGACAUCUUGAAGAUUGACAAAGAUCUUAUCAGCGCAGAAGACAACUUUCUCCGCAUUGGGGGCGACUCCAUUGCUGCUAUGCGGCUUGUGGCUUCUGCUCGGGAGCAGCAUGGAGUCAACAUGAGCGUUGCCGAUGUCUUCAGAAAUCCUGUCCUCAGUGACUUGGCCAAUACUCUGGAAGCCUCAGAAAACCACGUCAACGAUGAUGUACCCGCUUUCUCAUUGCUGUCAUCGAUUGAACAUCUGCACGGGACAGAGCGACCAUCCCUCGAAGACAUUCAGCAGCAAGCAGCAGCCAUGUGCUCCGUUGAAAUUGUCCAGAUUGAAGACAUAUAUCCCACGACUGCACUCCAAGCAGGGCUACUCGCCAUGAACGCGAAGAGCUCUGAGCAAGACUACGUCCGGAAGAAAGUCCUCAGACUACGAAAAGAUGUUGAUAUCGAUCGAUUUCGUCAAGCGUGGAAGACAACAGUGGACGAACAUCCGAUUCUGAGGACCCGAAUCGUCGACGUAUUUGGUUUCGGUCUUCUACAAGUCGUCGUUCGAGAUGCCAUCUCAUGCUCCUCAGACACAAAUCUACAAGACUACCUCAAGCGCAACGAUGAAGAGCCUUUUGGUCUUGGUCAGCCUCUGUGUCGUAUGGCCAUCAUUGAUUCUGGACGAAAACACAGUUCCGUUUCGGAAGAUCGCUUGUUCGUCCUGAUGCUGCACCACAGCCUGUACGAUGCGUGGUCGCUGUCUCUGAUCGACAAAACGGUCGAUGCGGCCUACCACAAGACGGAACUACCUCAUCGUGUUCCGUUCAAGAACUUCAUAAGAAGCAUCGCGUCAGUCGAUCGCGGCCGCCAGAUUGCGUACUGGAGUGAGCAGCUGCAAGAUGUCGAAGCAACGCCAUUCCCCAAACUUCCCAGCCCAUCGUAUCAGCCUCGCGCUGAUCGGAGCCUGACUUACAGCAUUACCCACAUACAAUGGCCAGGAUUGGGUUUUACACCUGCCACGACGAUCAAAGCGGCGUGGUCUGUGCUUUUGGCAAGGAGAACAGACUCAGAAGACGUAACCUUCGGCGCUGUCUCGUCUGGGCGACAGGCACACGUAUCUGGAAUCCAUGAAAUUGUCGGGCCAAGUAUCAGCACCAUUCCGGUCAGAGUCAAGCACGACUUUCAGGACAGUACUGCUGGGGAGCUUCUCCGCAAUAUUCAAGAUCAGUCUACGGCUUUGAUUGAGUUUGAGCAGUUCGGGCUUCAAGAAAUACGAAAAGUCAGCGAUGAUGCCGAAAGAGCAUGCGGAUUCCAGUCUGUCCUCGUGGUUCAAGCUCAAGAAGGGCAAACGCAAUCUGAGAGCUUGUAUGCUCCAAAUGAACAGUUCCACAAUAUGGACAGAAAAAUGGGCACGUUCAGUACAUAUGCGAUCAUGCUAGAAUGCCAACUGGGCUCCGACGACGUGACGAUCCACCUAGGGUACGACUCUAAUGUCGUUUCAGAAGCUCAUGCCGGCACGCUUCUGUCACAGUUCGAGACAAUCCUUCGCCAGCUUUGCGAACAUCCUGAGAGCAAGCUGUCGUCGGUCGAGACAAUCAGCAGCGAGGACAUCGAGAACAUUUGGUCCUGGAACGCAGUCGUACCAGAACGCAUAGAGAAAUGUGUCCACGAAGUAUUCUCAGAACAAGCAGCACGUCGACCAAUUUGUCCGGCAGUGGAAAGCUGGAACGGUUCCAUGACCUAUAGCGAACUCGAGAAGGCAUCGACAAAGCUCGCUCGGUAUAUCGUGGGCAAAGCCAAGCAGAGCAUUACUCCAGAGAUGGUCAUACCACUGCUCUUUGAGAAGUCCAAAUUCACACCGGUCGCCCAGCUUGCUGUAAUGAAGGCUGGUUUUUGUUCGGUCGUAGUCGACACACGGCUGCCCUUCGAACGUCAAUUGUGGACUACGAAGAAAGUCGGCGCAACCAUGAUCAUCGCCUCUAGAGCUCACGCUGAGCCAGCAAGCCGUCUACUGCCUAACGACGUCCUUGUCCUUGAUGAAGACAUCUUCAAAACUGUUUCGUCCCCUCAGCCAGAAGGAGAUCUCCCGAGGGUGAGCCCAUCGGCACCCCUCUACGUCAAUUUCACCUCAGGAUCUACUGGCGAACCGAAAGGCGUCACAGUCUCACAUCGCAACUUUGCAAGUGCCUUAUGGCAUCAGCGGGAUCGACUUACUCUACCCGAACACAGCAGUCGUGUCUACCAGGGGAUCUCCUACAGCUUUGAUGUCUUUUGGUAUGAGACCCUGCAGGCCCUCACGAAUGGCGCUUGUCUAUGUAUCCCAAAGGAGGAAGAUUGGCUCUCUGAUAUGGCUCAAAGCAUGCGAGACUUACUUGUAGACAGUGCGAUGCUCACACCUACAGUAGCCAGACUCUUGGACCCCAACGAUCUGCCGAACUUGAAAAGAUUGGCGCUGGCUGGAGAAGCUAUGGAGGCUAGUGAUGUUGCGUUUUGGAGCCAGAUUGAAACGCUGCAUAAUGCAUAUGGCCCUGCUGAGUGCUCGGUGUUCGCCACUGUCAAUGAGAUCGACACACGCCAUGUCGUAAAGCCUCACAUUGGAUUUGCAGCAGGUACCGUGACGUGGGUCGUUAGACAAGAUAAUCCAGAGCAGCUGGCAUCCAUUGGUGAAGUUGGGGAGCUGUAUCUGGAGGGACCACUCGUGGCUGAACACGGGUACCUGUCGGAUCCAGACAAGACAUCUGCUGCUUUCAUCGAAGAUCCUGUCUGGCUCCUACGCGGCAGCGCAGAUAUGCCCGGUCGUCAUGGUCGACUUUACAAGACUGGGGAUCUAGUCCGCUACAUUGACGACUGCAGCGGGAAUCUGGAGUUUCUUGGUCGAGCAGACGACCAGGUGAAGAUCAAUGGCCAGCGAGUUGAGCUGGGCGAGGUUGAGCGUGCAGUCCAACAAUGCAUUCCAGCAGGUGCUCAGUUGAAGCCUGUGGUUGAGCAUACCAAACCUAAAAACGCCGAAAAAGCUCGUCUCAUCAUCUUCGUGGCCGGGGAGCAUGGAACAGGAGCAGAAGAGCAAGAGAUACCGAUGACAGACCUCGCAACCACUGUGCAUGAACAGUUGACAGCCACAUUACCUGCCCAUAUGGUGCCCUCCCACCUAGCCGCAGUCACGGAAAUACCACGAACCGCAUCCGGCAAGAUUGACCGUCGACGACUGAGAGAUAUUGGUGCCGGCACCACUAUCGGCGAAUUGUGGCCUGUACAGCCUCGAACUGGCGCCUCUCGAGCACCUACGACUGCAAACGAGAAGGCUUUGGCACAAAUUUGGGCCUCCACUCUGGGCAUGAGCGACAAGUCCAUCGAAGUUAACGACAACUUUCUCCACGCCGGGGAUAGCAUUAGUGCCAUGAGAUUGGUGGCUGCAGCCAGAAGAAGUGGAUUGAACUUCACUGUCAUGGACGUCUUUCAACACGCUCGAUUUGAGGAUCUUGCUCUGUUGCUCAGCACCGACAGGGGCCAACCUGCACAAGACAUACAUCCCUUUGAGUUGUUACGGGGAAAUACCAGUGUUGCUGAAGUCCGUGCAACAGUUGCCAGGCAGUGCAAUGUUAGUCCAAGCCAAGUUGAGGAUGCUUUUCCUUGCACGAGCCUCCAAGAAGGGCUCUUGGCGCUCUCGAGCAAACGACCUGGCGACUAUGUUGCCAAAUUCGAGUUCCACCUUCGGGACGAUGUCGACUGCGGGCGCUUGAGGGAUGCAUGGAAGCUCCUUCUCGCGGCUACUCCGAUCUUACGAACAAGGAUAGUCGAGCUUUCGGAAGGCUUGGUGCAAGCCAUCAUCAGCGAGCAGGCCGAAGUCGAUGGUGACGCUCAGGUCAUACCUGUGAUGGGCACUGGAUCUGCGCUUGUCCACGCAGCGAUACCACAAGAUCCGACUGGUGUCUUCAGCCUUACUAUUCACCACGCACUAUAUGAUGGCUGGUCGCUGCCUAUGCUCUUCGACAAGCUGGCCAAAUGCUAUGGCGGUGCGACUGCUGCCGAACUUGAGCAUACUCCUUUCCAACAGUUCGUGAAGCACAUGCUUCAAAUGACCUGCGGAGACAUGGAGCAGUUCUGGAAGAAACGAUUCUGUGGCUUGAACGCCAUCCCAUACCCUGCUCUUCCGUCCACUGCUCAUCAACCUCAAGCCACGCAACGCGUACAACACAGGAUCGGUAGCCUCAAGUGGCCGUCAUCCUCAGAUAUCACAACGUCAAACCUCAUAUCUGCUGCUUUGGCCUUGCUCAUUGGCAGUUAUACGGCUCAAGAUGAGGCGUUGUUCGGGACUGUAGUAUCGGGUCGUCAAGCUCCAGUCCCAGGGAUCGACACUGUACUUGGUCCCACGAUUGGAACCGUUCCCACGCGUGUUUCAGUGGCCCAGCAUGAAUCUGUUCCAGAGUUUCUGGCUCGAAUCCAGCGUGAAACGCUUGAGAGCAGCAAGUAUGAGCAGACUGGUCUAGCUAAGAUCCGCCGGAUCAACGCUGAAUGUGCCAGAGCUUGUGACUUCCAAACACUGCUCAUAGUACAGCCCGCACCUGGAGAGAAGAAGCGUAGCAUCCUAUUCCAGGACGAGAAACCAGCUGCAGAGACUUCUACUGAAGACACAAAUGAGCCUGAUGCUUUCAGUACCCAUGCAAUUGUCAUUCACUGUCUUCUGGUAAACGAAGGCGCGACUCUGCAGAUCGGUUUUGACCCAGCCGUGAUUUCCAGGAGGGAAGUCCAACGACAGGCAGAACAAUUCGAGUCUCUACUACGGCAGCUCUGCGCGGUCGGUACUGCCCGUGAGCCACCAAAAGUGGGCGACCUUCAAGCAGUGAGCGCCAAUGAUACUCAAGAUAUCUGGCGGUGGAAUGCACGCUCUCCAGAGCCCAUUGAGAGAUGUGUUCACGAUAUGAUCGAAGCCGUGAUCAAUGCGGAGCCUCACUCACCAGCUAUUUGCUCUUGGGAUGGGGAGUUGUCUUAUCGUCAGCUCGAUGAGUACUCAACACGACUUGCCCAGCAACUGGCCAAACAAAACGUCAACGGCACCGUCGUACCGCUCUGCUUCGAGAAGUGCCUCUGGACCCCGGUUGCUGCACUGGCUGUCAUGAAGGCAGGAGGCGCAAGCGUCACCUUGGAUCCUUCAAGCCAGCCGGUGGAUCGAAUGAAGACUAUCGUCGAUCAGGUCUCACCUCUUGUGGUCUUGUGCUCAAGAAGCCAAUUGUCUGUGGCUGAAAGGCUGUCGACGGUUUCAGUCGUUCUGGUCGACGAGGAGACAGUCCGAAGCCCAUCAACUGCCGAGCAGCCUCUUCCAACCAUUCAGCCGUCCUCUAUUCUAUAUGUGGUAUUCACCUCGGGAUCCACCGGACUGCCUAAGGGAGCUGUGGUUUCUCAUGGCAACUUUGCUAGUGCCGUGCACUACCAACAAGAAGCCCUUCGCCUCCAUCCCCAGCCAAGGGUGUCAAGGGUGUUCGACUACGUCUCUUAUACCUUUGAUGUCUCUUGGUCCAACCUGUUGCAGACACUGUGCGCAGGAGCCUGUCUCUGCAUCCCAAGCACAGACGAGCGGAUGAAUGAUAUUGCUGGCAGCAUGCGACGUCUCAGGGUCGACUACUUGCAUAUCACGCCAACUGUAUCUCGCCUGCUUUCCAGCAAUAUUCCCGAUGUGGAGACGAUUGCUUUUAUUGGCGAGCCCGUCAAGGCGAGCGACGUUGCUCAGUGGCGUGGCCAUGCUCAGCAUAUCCUGAACACAUUCGGGCCCGCAGAAUGUACUCCCGUGAGCACUGUCACUGAGCUUGACCCGACGAACGAUGACGUGCCUUCUAUUGGAAAGGCCAUUGGCUCUGUGGCCUGGGUAGUCAAUAAAACCCAGCCAAACCGACUUGUCGGGGUUGGGCAGAUUGGUGAGCUUUGGAUCGAGGGCCCGAUAGUCGGUCAAGGAUAUCUCAAUGACACCAACAAAACCGCGGCUGUCUUCGUGAAUGACCCUACUUGGCUGACAGAGGGCAAUAGUCUUGACAUCUCAGGUCGCCACGGUCGAUUGUACAAGACCGGAGAUCUUGUCAAGUAUGCCCCUGACGGAUCCCUAAUCUUCAUUGGACGAAAAGAUGCGCAGGUCAAGAUCCAUGGACAGCGUGUCGAGUUGGAGGAGAUAGAGCAUAACGUGCGCAAACACCUUGGUCGGGCUGACAUUCAACUGGCCGCCCAAGUGAUCCAUCCACAAGAUACCAAGGAUUCGAUUCUGGUUGUGUUCGCUGCAGGGUCGGAAGUAGAUGACGAUUCACUGAAGGGGCUGACUGCUACACUCAACGAGCGAAUGGCGAGCAUUGUGCCAAGCUACAUGAUACCUUCGGUGUACAUACCCGUACAGAAGUUACCCAUGACGGCAUCAGGAAAGCUGGACAGACGUGGAUUACUGCAAAUCGGAGCGUCACUGUCUCGCGAACAGCUAGAUGAGCUGCGACCAGCAUCCAUCGACUACGAAGCACCCAGAACCUCUGCGGAGAUGCAACUUCAACAGCUGUGGGCUCGCAUACUGCGCAUUGAUACCAGUAAAAUUGGUACCUGCAGCAGCUUCUUCGAGCUUUCAGGCGACUCAAUAAGUGCUAUGCGGCUUGCGAGUGCUUCCCGAGAAGCUGGAUUGUCUGUGACUGUGGCCGACAUCUUCACCUCACCCAGACUGAGUGACCUUGCAAGUCGAAUGAAGAGUUCGGCCGACAGUUAUCUUGAUCCAGAGCCUUUCUCUACCCUGCCUGAAGACGUGCAUGACAAAGGCUUCUUUGAACAAGAGGUUGCCGCCAAAAUUGAGCAUGCCUAUGGGCGUAUCGAGGACGUGACGCCCAUCAACAGCGCCCAAGAAAGGUACAUCAAAGCCGCACUGAACGAACCCCUUCGGCGUUGCUACCACUGGUGGGUUGACUUUCCUGCUGGGACCGAUGUUGGACGACUCUCCGAGAGCUGUGCUCGUCUGUGGGAGCACAUCGAGAUUCUCAGAUCAAUUUUUGUCCUGACGCAGGACAAAUACUGGAGAGUCGUCUGCAACGGCAUAGAGCCCUCCAUCGCGGCCUAUCAAUGCGAUGAAGAUGUAGCUCAGGCGGCAGCAGCCACAUACAGAGAGGACUCUAAACUGAUGCUCCGUCUCGGGACGUGCUGGACAAGAUUUAUGAUCCACCAUUCGUCAACUGGACCGGUUCGAUUGACAAUGAGGUUGUCUCACGCCCAGUACGAUGGACUCAGCAUGUCACACAUUCUAUCCGCACUGCUCGCCUUCCAGGACGGACACUCUCCCCCACCAGCUCCUUCUUUCUCUGGUUUCAUCAAUCACUGCCAACGGAAAAGUGAAUCAAGCCAGCGGUACUGGACUUCAUUCUUGAAGGGCUCCCGGAUAACUACCAUCGUCGACAAUAAUACAAGUCUCGUGAACACCCAAGACUCGUCCAUCGUGUUGAAGAGGAGGGUAUCUACCCCAGAAGUUUCAAAGUCUUUCACUCCCGCGACAGCCUUCACCGCGGCCUUCUCCACCGCACUCCGCAAAUCCACACACCAGACGGACAUCACAUUCGCCCUCCUCAUCUCAGGGCGUUCGAGUCUUCCACCAGGUCUCGAAAACGUGGUUGGUCCCUGUCUGAACAACGUCCCCAUUCGAGUAAGGGAGCAAGAUGGAGCAGACUUCGAGGAGGUAAUGCGAGCAAUCUACAACCAGCGCGUGCAGAGCCUACCGUAUGAGACUUACAGCUUCGACGACAUUCGUCAAAACUGCGUCGAUUGGCCCGAAGAGCAACGAGACAGCGGGUUCUUCGUGCACUUCCAAGAUUAUGAAGAAGAUGCCUCAUCAGGCUCGACGAAUUCAGGGAUGAAGCUGACCCCUGUUGAGAAAGAUGAGGCGAUUGAGAGUCAGCAGAUCACGGUGCUGGCAACGCCAUGCGGAGAUGGCCUAGAGGUGGAAAUGAACGCUAGUGCGAGAUUUCAUUCGAGAGGUGUUGUUGAAGGAUUGUUUGAGGAGUUGGUGAGGGUACUGAAAAGCAUGUGA